ACAGCACCGGAAAGAUGACUGUUUUUACCAUUUCAGUGAAUGUUAAUAUGCGGAUCAACUGUACUCUUUUUUACCCUCAAGGAAACUGAUGAACAAUCCUGUGGAAUACAACUAUUUGGACGAACGCCACUCAUCUUGUUUUUUUCUUUUGGUUGUGGAAAGAGCUCACAGGGUUGUCGGGCCAGUGGGUCGUCAGGAGUUAGAACAACGACUAGCUUCGCGUAUUACUUUGCAUUAAAAUAAAGUCUUGUUUAGGCAGAUUUCAGAUGCUAGAACACGUCUAGGCUAACCUUUCAUUAUUAUUUUAGGGUUUAACAAUGACCCAUGAUGUGCGAAAGAGCUGUUCUCUGGACUGGCCAAAACAGUCAAAAGCUAAGCUAGGUUUUGAUCCUAACUAUUAUCAAAGCCACAUUCCGUGUUGACCAGACGGAUAUUUAUAACUAGUUAAUGGGACACAUAUGUUUCUCCUAACAUUUAUGCUACAGUAAAGUAUUGAAAGAAACCGACACUACUUUGGCGUCUUAAAGUGAAUUCCUUUGUGAACUUCUUAACUGAAUGACCCAGGAUUCAGUAUGUCAUUUUUUAAUUUCCGUAAAAUAUUUAAAUUGGGAGCUGAGAAGAAGAAGAAACAGUAUGAACAUGUGCGCAGAGAUGAAAAUCCAGAGGAAAUAUGGGACAUAAUUGGUGAAUUGGGAGAUGGAGCCUUUGGAAAAGUGUACAAGGCCCAGAACAAACAGACGGGCAUCCUAGCUGCGGCCAAAGUUAUUGACACAAAGACCGAGGAAGAGUUGGAGGACUACAUGGUGGAGAUUGAAAUCCUGGCCUCCUGUGACCACCAAAACAUUGUCAAACUCCUUGAUGCUUUCUAUUAUGAGGGCAAACUCUGGAUCCUCAUUGAGUUCUGUGCAGGAGGGGCUGUGGAUGCUGUCAUGCUCGAACUAGAGAGACCCCUGACAGAGCCUCAGAUCAAGGUGGUGUGUAAGCAGACUCUGCAGGCCCUCGUCUACCUCCAUGACAACAAAAUCAUCCACAGAGACCUGAAGGCCGGCAACAUCCUCUUCACACUGGAUGGUGAUGUCAAGCUGGCUGACUUUGGUGUGUCUGCCAAAAACACCAAAACGCUGCAGAGGAGAGACUCCUUCAUUGGAACGCCUUACUGGAUGGCUCCCGAGGUGGUGAUGUGCGAGACGUCCAAGGACCGUCCAUAUGACUACAAGGCCGAUAUCUGGUCUCUCGGGGUCACCUUGAUUGAGCUGGCGCAGAUUGAGCCGCCCAAUCACGAGAUGAACCCCAUGAGAGUCCUGCUGAAAAUAGCCAAGUCCGAUCCUCCUACCUUGAUGCAGCCGUCACGCUGGUCUCCAGAGUUCAGUGAUUUCCUAAAGCGGUGUCUGGACAAGAAUGUGGACAACAGGUGGAACCCGACACAACUUCUACAGCAUUCAUUUGUGACCAGUGUGACAGACAGCAAGCCACUUAGGGAGCUCAUAGCUGAGGCGAAGGCUGAGGUCACCGAGGAGAUUGAAGAGCACAAAGAGGAAGAGGAGGAGGAAGAAACAGAGACACAUCUGGGCCACAAACGCGCCCCAUCUGAUGUCAGCGUCGCCAGCUCAGAGGAUGAAAAGAUCCCCCUCUCUCCGUCCAUCUUGGAAUCUGUUCCUGAGAAGGUUGAGCCAAUUCCCCCUGUGCCAACACCCACUGAUGUCACUGUGGCCAACCAUGUGGUGGACACUAGUUUUGUGGAGGAGCCUGCCACCCCUGCAGCAGAGGAGAGCCUAGAGGAGGCUCCAAACAAUCCAACUGAGGAUGGACAGCAAGAAGAGAAACCUGUUGAGGAAAAGCUUCCAGAGGCAGAAGCAGAAGCAGAUGUUGCCUCACCAGAAGAAGAGACUGAACCAGAGGCACCUGUUAAGGAAAUGCAGCAGCUCGAGAUAGCUGUUGAGGAUGAAAAGGAAGUUGACACAGCCGAGGUUCCCGCCAAUCAGGAGGCCACCACAGAGAGCUCAGAGGUCAUUGAGGCUCCUCAGGAGGAAAAGGUGGCUGUAGUGGAGGAAUGUAACACACCAGCAGAGGAGGUGAAGGAGGAGGUGAAGGAGGAGGAGGAGGAGGAGGACCGGUACAAACAUCUAAAGGUCACAGUGACACUACCGGAGCAAGUUAAGGUUGUCCCAAAAGAGGAGAAUGGAGAGAAACCCACAGAAAAGGAUAAAAUAAAUGCAGAAGAUGAGAAGAAAGUUCCAGACAAAGCCAAGGAUGACAAAGAGAGAGAUUCAGACUCAGGGAGCGGCUCAGCUGCAGAUAACAGCAGUGUAGACCUGAAUCUGUCCAUCUCAAGCUUUCUGUCCAAAACUAAAGAGCCUGGAUCUGUUUCCAUUCAGGACACCAAACGUCAGAAGAAGACACUGAAAAAGACUCGCAAAUUCAUCGUGGAUGGAGUGGAAGUCAGUGUGACUACGUCAAAGAUCCUCACUGACAAUGACACCAAGAAUGAGGAGAUGAGAUUCCUGAGGCGCCAGGAGCUGAGGGAGCUGCGUCUCUUGCAGAAGGAGGAGCAGAGGGCCCAGCAGCAGCUCAGCAACAAGCUCCAGCAGCAAAAGGAACAGACCUACCGCCGCUUCGAGCAGGAGACUACAAGUAAGAAGCGUCAGUAUGACCAGGAGGUGGAGAAUCUGGAGCGGCAGCAGAAGCAGACGAUCGAGAGGCUGGAGCAGGAGCACACCAACCGGCUCAGGGACGAGGCCAAACGCAUCAAAGCCGAGCAGGACAAAGAGCUGGCCAAGUACCAGAACAUGCUGAAAAACCGCAAGAAAGAGGAACAAGAGUUUCUUCAGAAGCAGCAGCAGGAUCUGGACAGCGCUCUAAAGAAGAUAAUCCAGCAACACAAACAUGAGCUCGCCACCAUCGAGAGAGACUGUCUCAACCACAAGCAGCAGCUUCUCAGAGCACGGGAGGCUGCUAUGUGGGAGCUGGAAGAGCGCCAUCUGCAGGAGAAACACCAGUUGUUCAAACAGCAACUCAAAGACCAGUACUUCAUGCAGAGACACCAGCUGCUCAAGAGACACGAGAAGGAGAUGGAACAGAUGCAGCGCUACAACCAGCGUCUGAUCGAGGAGAUGAAGAACAAGCAGACGCAGGAGAGAGCCAGGCUGCCCAAGAUCCAGCGCAGUGAGGCCAAGACCCGCAUGGCCAUGUUCAAGAAGAGCCUUCGCAUCACUGGAGCUGCCAUCACCCCCGAGCAGGAGAGGGAGAAGAUCAAACAGUUUGCAGCUCAGGAAGAGAAGAGACAGAAGAACGAGAGACUCCACCAGCACCAGAAACAUGAAAACCAGAUGAGAGAUUUGCAGCUGCAGUGCGACACCAACAUUCGAGAGCUUCAGCAGCUGCAGAAUGAGAAGUGCCACCUGCUGAUUGAACAUGAGACCCAGAAACUGAAGGAGCUGGAUGAGGAGCACAGCCUGGAGCUGAAGGAGUGGAGGGAGAAACUACGACCCAGGAAGAAGGCGCUGGAGGAAGAGUUUGCCAGGAAGCUGCAGGAACAGGAAGUGUUCUUUAAGAUGAGCGGCGAGUCAGAGUGCCUUAACCCCUCCAACCAGAGCCGCAUCUCUAAGUUCUACCCGAUCCCCAGCGUCCACUCCACUGGCUUCUAGGAGGAAUCUACGCACAUAUGCAGUAUACACACAGUGGACAUGGACAUAAGCACACACACACACACACUCAUGAAGAGAGUAAAGACUGAACCUGUGCUGCCUUGCCCUCAUUCUCUGACAGCUGUCAGGGUGUAGGGAUCUAAGUUGUUUUUCUGUCUCUGGAAUUAGUUCCUCGAUGGUCUGCAGACUCUAAUUUUGCUCAUUUUGUCAUAUUUUCACACUAUUACCGUCAUUUUGAAGGAGAACUAUGAAGGAGAAUUUCAGAUUUAGUGCUUCAGUCAUCACCUCAAAACUACUAAAGUGAAGUAGCUCUCUGUCCAACCUUCUUUUGUGAUUGAAUUGUGUUUUUUUUUUUUUUUUAUGAAGACUCCAGUGCCUGUAGAGUCAGAUGUUUUUGGCUUUUAAAAUCAAGCAAUGUAUGAUUAUUAUUUGCUGCUCAAUUUAGCUCUAAUUUAGACGUUUGCACUAAGGAAAGGAUUUUUAUACCACUUAAUUUGGUUAAAUAUUGAAUAGCAACCUUAUCAUUUAUAAUUGAUCAUCAAAAAGAAUGUAUUUCUGACAACGAAGGAGCACACAUCACUCUUAACGAAGGAAUGAUGAUACAGUAUAUUUUUAUUAGGUCAUUCAUGUGUGUGUGUGUUAGAGAGGUAAAGACAUCCAGGCAGUCGUUCGUCUUUACACGUCGUCUUUGUGAUACAUUAGGGGUUAAAAUAACCGGUCUUAUGCAUUAUUUCAAUGCAAGGUGUGGGAAUGUUUUCCAGCAGAAAUGAUUCCUUCUUUCAGGGUUUUUCUUCAGAAUGCCUUCCUGUUUCAAGCACUUAAGACUUGGGACUACUGUUUAGCAACACACAGUACAUGGUGUAAACCAUAAGUUACUUUGCUGCAUAUGAUAGAGGAAGUGUGGAGAUGGUGUUUACAUACAGAGACAAAGAAUCACUGUUAAUUGGACACUAAGGAAAUCACAGUGGUGGCGGUUGAAAAACCAUUAAUGUAACUGUUUGUUGGUCUUUUUUUCUUUUUCUUUUUUUUUUAGGUGACACCACUUUUAUUGUUGUCCAGCAAAAGUUGUGUAUCUAUAGGAGCAAGUUCUUCAGGGAUGAAUAAAGAUUUUCAUUGAUGUCCAUCAGUUCUGUAAAAUUUAUAGCAUUUUUAAGAGUUUCCAAGGCCAUGUGCCAUGAAACUGACUCAGCAAAUUCUCACUAUGAACAACUUUCAGUUCAGCGAAGCAGAAAAAAAAUAAUCUAACUUGCAGUUAUAGUUGAUGAGGUGUCCUUUGUAUUUGCUCUGGUUUUCUGCUUGGUUUGCUACCAGGUGUAUUAUGGGUAGGCCUGCAUGGCUUUUGUUUCUUCUUUUUAUUGAAUGAUAUUACCUUUUUCAUUGAUAUGCUAGCUAAUAGCCUUAAUACUUAAAAAAUGGAUGUACUGUAUACCUGUCGUGACCACCUUUAAAGAUUUUGGUCAAACUCUUGGUUUCAUGAAGCAUUUUAACGAUUUCAGAAUGAUUUCAUUCAACUGUAUUCAAACAAACGAAAACAGAACAUGAGCUUUGAGCAAAGUUUUUUUUUUUAUUUAGGCUUAAGGAUUGUGAAUGAUGUUAAAGCAGUCGAUGCAAAAAUGGACCUGACUGGUUUAGGCCAUCUUGACCUCUGAUUGGUUCAUUUUAUCAUCUCAUUCUCUUUAUGAUUGGCUUUAAAGUUAUCAAAUGUAUUUAAUAACAGCUGUUAUGUACAAAAAUACUGAAGGAGUGCUGUGCACCAUUUGCAAAACAUUCUCAAUAGCUAUUUAUAUGAAAAACCACACUGCAGCGCCUGUGCUAUAGCUAACCUUCUCUACUUACCCACUGGAAGUUUGCAGCGUACAAAAAUAGGCAAAUCAGUCCUGUCAAUUCUUGUUCCGUUUGGCAGAUAGAAAGUCUAAACUGAUUAAAUUCUGAAUGUCUGAAAAAACAAAACCAUGAUCCAUAUCAAAAUCAAAUGAAAAUUAGGCAAUUUUUUAAAAUAGAUUUAUAGUUUUUAGAAUUCCUGUGUACUGUAGAUUUUCAUUUUGCUGUAAAUAAACUGUUUCCUCUCUGCUA